GCGCCAGCGCCAGCGCGCUCCGCCGCCGGCAUCUCCUCCUUCUCCUCCCGGCGCCUUUCCCGCCCCCUCCACCUUCUCUCUACCUGGGUGGCAGGGAAGGAAGAAACAAUUCAGUCAAGAUGGCUAAAGGUGAUCCCAAGAAACCAAAGGGCAAGAUGUCUGCUUAUGCCUUCUUUGUGCAGACGUGCAGAGAGGAACAUAAGAAGAAGAAUCCAGAGGUUCCUGUCAAUUUUGCCGAAUUUUCCAAGAAGUGCUCUGAGAGGUGGAAGACAAUGUCUGGGAAAGAGAAGUCUAAAUUUGACGAGAUGGCAAAGGCAGAUAAAGUACGCUAUGAUCGAGAAAUGAAGGAUUAUGGACCAGCUAAAGGAGGCAAGAAGAAGAAGGAUCCUAAUGCCCCCAAAAGGCCACCGUCUGGAUUCUUUCUCUUCUGUUCAGAAUUCCGCCCCAAGAUCAAAUCCACAAACCCCGGCAUCUCUAUCGGAGAUGUGGCAAAGAAGCUGGGUGAGAUGUGGAAUAACUUAAGCGACAGUGAAAAGCAGCCUUACAACAAUAAGGCGGCAAAGCUGAAGGAGAAAUAUGAGAAGGAUGUUGCUGACUAUAAGUCUAAAGGAAAAUUUGAUGGCGCAAAGGGUCCUGCUAAAGUUGCCCGAAAAAAAGUCGAAGAGGAAGAUGAAGAAGACGAGGAGGAAGAAGAGGAGGAGGAGGAUGAGGAGGAUGAGGAGGAUGAAUAAAAAACUGUUGAUCUGUCUCCUUGUGAAUACCUUAGAGUAGGGGAGCGCCGUAAUCGACACAGCUCUUAUUAGAGCCCUGUCUGUUGCCCUCAUUAGGAUUAAUUACACAAUUGGAUCAUGAUCAUAUAGUAGUCUCUCAAAGUGCUCUAGAAAUUGUCAGUGGUUUACAUGAAGUGGCCAUGGGUGUCUGGAGCACCCUGAAACUGUAUCAAAGUUGUACAUAUUUCCAAACAUUUUAAAAACAAAAAGGCUCUCGUGUUCUCCUCACUCUGUGCACUUUGCUAUUGGUGUGACAAGGCAUUUAAAGAUGUUUCUGGCAUUUUCUUUCUUUUUUUUUAAUCUGUAAGGUGGUGUUAACUAUAUGGUUAUUGGCUAGAAAUCCUGAGUUCUCAACUGUACAUAUCUAUAGUUUGUAAAAAGAACAAAACAACCGGGACAAGCUCUUGAUGUUCCUUGCUUGGCGUUGAGGUGGUGGGGAAGAUGCCUUUUGGAGGGGCCGUAGCUCAGGGCGUGCACUGUGAGGCUGGACCUGUGGACACUGCAGUGGGCAUCCAUUUGGCUUCAGGUUGUCUUGUUUUUGUAUAUAGUGACAUAGCAUUCUGCUGCCAUUCUUAGCUGUGGAAAAGGGGGGUCAGCUGGCAUGAGAAGUGUUUGGAUCUUUUUUAGUUAAGUGUGGUAGUUUUAAACUGUUUGUUUUUAAACAAACUAGAACUCUUCAUUGUCAGCAAAGUGAAGAGCCACUGCAUCAAUGAAAGUUCAAGAACCUUCUGUACUAAACACAAUUUGCAACGUUUUGUUAUUUUUUGUAUGUUUAGAAUGCUGAAAUGUUUUUGAAGUUAAAUAAACAGUAUUACAUUUUUUAAGCUGUUCUCUAUUGUAACAGUCUAAAUUUCUGACUCAUAGCAGUCUUAGUGGCAAAACAACCCACUCCCAUUAUAUUUGGUGACUAGCCUCCCUGUAAAUCUGGCAGUUUAUCUUAAUGUGGCCAGCUUACUUAGGACGAGAUGAAGAGGGCUACUUAAAGCUACUGCGUGAUUUUGUGCUUGAAUGGCAUUAAGAUCAAGUCUUAAAUAUCGACUGUAACAAGAUAACUUGACACAGGCAAGGUUUAGCAGCCUUCACGGUGUAGGAAGUUGGGUGGUUAGAUUGAGGCUGAGUACUAUGUAGGUUUAAUUUUUUUUUUGGCUUCCUACCCCAUUCUGACACUGGGGCCAAAUUCAUUGCUAAAAGGCAAAAGCUGUCCUCUCGAGGGUAUGUAUGGUGUGUCGUAUAUUCAGGCUUCAUCCCCUCUGAUCCCAGUACAUGUAGCAGAACAUAUGUUCAGCUCAACAAUUGAGGUCAUGAGCUGCUGCUGCUGUCUCCUGGACCCCAAUGAGGGAGGUGGGGUAGGGAACAGUAUCCAGUUCUCCUACUUCAUGAAACCAAACAGCCCAACGAAGAUUGCUGGGGCUCCUGUUGGCAGGCUCCAUGUUGGGGCAGCUGAGCUGCAAGGCAGGCUGAUGGAAUCUAUUGUUUCUAAGCACUAAAUGUAUCAAUCAGAUGGAAAGUUGAAUGGCCUACCCAAGAAUUGAGCUCAUUGGAAAUGCGGAUUGUUAAUGUUCUUAAACCGAAAGAUUGGUUUGUGUUUCAGUGGUUAUUUCAUGUUGGUAGACGGUGUAACACUUUGGCCAAGUUGAGGUGAACGUUGAUGGCCACCCCAAAAUGGUGAUAUUAAAUAUAAUUUUGAUUGCUGA